CGCGGUACGCUGUCCUGUGUGUUCACUCUCGCUGAGUGUGAACCGCAGAGGUGAGCCGGACAGCGUGUGUUCGCUCCUCCGUUAAAAGUCUAGAGAAGAGGGGAGGACAGAAGGAGGGACAUGGGGGAAAGGUUUGUGGUGGUCCCGGUUGGCAGAGGAGUUGGGGUCCCCGGGGAGGGGGAGCACUCGGACGCGGUUGUCGCUGACCCGGCAGGGGACUCCAGCGGCAGCAGCGGCGGCGGCGGCGGCACACUGGAGGAGAAGGAGGCGGGGGAGGACUCCGUGUUCGAGCCGCAGGACCCCAACGUCGUGGUGCCGAUCCUGGAGUACAACAGGGAGCCCAACAAGUACGGUGAUGGCAUCCCCAAGGAAAACAGUCCCUUUAUCAACAACACAGACAAUGACAAAACCAACAGCUACGAUGGCACCAACAUGGCCCUGUUUGAGGAAGAGAUGGACAGCAACCCCAUGGUGUCGUCUCUCCUCAAUAAACUGGCAAACUACACCAACCUCACCCAGGGGGCCCAAGAGCACGAGGAGGCCGAUGAUGAUGAGGGGCCCAAGAAGAAGGCUGUUAAGAGCCCUCAGAUGGGGACCUUCAUGGGCGUCUACCUCCCCUGCCUCCAGAAUAUUCUGGGGGUCAUCCUGUUUCUGCGUCUUACGUGGAUUGUCGGCACCGCCGGCAUCUUGGAGUCCCUUGCUAUUGUCUGCCUGUGCUGCUCUUGUACCAUGCUGACCGCCAUAUCCAUGAGUGCAAUCGCUACCAAUGGUGUUGUGCCAGCUGGAGGCUCCUACUACAUGAUUUCCAGGUCUCUGGGCCCAGAGUUUGGUGGAGCUGUCGGUCUCUGUUUCUACCUGGGCACAACCUUCGCUGGCUCCAUGUACAUCCUUGGUACUAUAGAGAUUCUGCUGACCUACAUUGUGCCUAAAGCAGCCAUCUUCGUGGCAGAGAAAAAAGAGGAUGAGGUGGAUGCCCUGCUGAAUAACAUGCGUGUUUACGGCUCAUGCUGCCUAGCGCUGAUGGCUGUGGUUGUCUUUGUCGGGGUGAAAUACGUCAACAAGCUUGCGUUGGUCUUCCUGGCCUGUGUCAUUCUCUCCAUCCUUGCCAUCUAUGCCGGAGUCAUCAAGUCCAUCUUUGAGCCUCCGGACUUCCCCGUUUGCAUGUUGGGGAAUCGCACCCUGCAGAACCACAACUUCGACCGUUGUCUGAAGACAGAAGUGAUAGACAACAUAACGGUCACCACCAAGCUGUGGAAGCUGUUCUGUGAGACAGACGGGCUCAACGCCACCUGCAACGAAUAUUUCAACAACAACAACGUGACAGAGGUGCAGGGGAUCCCCGGGCUGACCAGCGGAGUAAUUUCAGAAAACAUGUGGUCAGUGUACGGCCCUCUGGGUAUGAUGGUGGAAGACAAGAAGAUGUCAUCUUUCGGGGGGAGUGACCCUGCCCAGGACGUCUACAUGCCCUACGUGGUCAAUGACAUCACCGCCUUUUUCACACUCCUGGUCGGCAUCUACUUCCCGUCUGUCACUGGUAUCAUGGCUGGUUCAAACCGGUCAGGUGACUUGCGGGACGCCCAGAAGUCCAUCCCAAUCGGGACCAUCCUGGCUAUCGCUACCACUUCCUUCAUCUACGUCAGCUGUGUUGUUCUAUUCGGCGCCUGCAUCGAGGGAGUUCUCCUUCGAGACAAAUUUGGUGACGCAGUGAAAGGGAACCUCGUCAUAGGCACACUAUCAUGGCCCUCGCCUUGGGUUAUUGUGAUUGGCUCCUUCUUCUCCUGCUGUGGGGCGGGGCUGCAGAGCUUGACCGGCGCCCCUCGCUUGCUGCAGGCCAUCGCACGAGACGGCAUCGUGCCUUUCUUGCAGGUGUUCGGUCAUGGGAAAGCUAACGGGGAACCUACCUGGGCUCUGCUGCUGACUGCUGGGAUCUGUGAGAUCGGUAUCCUCAUCGCCUCCCUGGACGCCGUGGCUCCUAUCCUCUCCAUGUUCUUCCUCAUGUGCUACUUGUUUGUCAACCUGGCAUGUGCAGUUCAGACCCUGCUGCGGACACCUAACUGGAGACCACGCUUCAAAUACUACCACUGGGCUCUGUCCUUCCUGGGAAUGAGCUUGUGUCUCGCUCUCAUGUUCAUCUGCUCCUGGUAUUACGCCAUCGUGGCCAUGGGCAUCGCUUCCUGCAUCUACAAAUACAUUGAAUACAGAGGGGCAGAGAAGGAGUGGGGAGACGGCAUCCGUGGCCUGUCUCUAAAUGCAGCACGCUACGCCCUCAUUCGCCUUGAGGAGGCCCCACCACACACUAAGAACUGGAGGCCUCAGUUGCUGGUGCUGCUGAAUGUUGACUCGGACCAAGGAGUCAAACACCCUCGUCUGCUGUCCCUCACCACUCAGCUGAAGGCGGGGAAAGGCCUCACGAUAGUGGGGAAUGUUUUAGAGGGAACCUAUCUCACCAAAGACUCAGAGGCCAGGUGUGCUGAGCAGAACAUCAAGUCCGCCAUGACAGCAGAGCGGACGAAGGGUUUCUGCCACGUCGUGGUGUCCUCAAACCUCCGAGAUGGCAUGUCCCACCUCAUCCAGUCUGCAGGGCUGGGAGGCAUGAAGCACAACACAGUCCUAAUGGCCUGGCCCGGGACCUGGAGGCAGUCCAAUGACCCGCAGUCGUGGAAGAACUUCAUAGAGACGGUGCGGGAGACCACAGCGGCCCAUCAGGCCCUGCUCGUGGCUAAGAAUGUGGACAGUUUCCCCACCAACCAGGACCGCCUGGGGGAGGGCACCAUCGACGUGUGGUGGGUGGUGCACGAUGGAGGCAUGCUGAUGCUGCUGCCAUUCCUGCUGCGACAGCACAAGGUGUGGAGGAAGUGUAAGAUGCGCAUCUUCACCGUGGCCCAGAUGGACGACAACAGCAUCCAAAUGAAGAAGGAUCUCCAGAUGUUCCUUUACCACCUGCGACUGGAUGCAGAGGUGGAAGUAGUGGAGAUGCAUGAUAACGACAUCUCAGCCUUCACCUAUGAGAAGACGCUGGUGAUGGAGCAGAGGUCUCAGAUGCUGAAACAGAUGCAUCUUUCCAGGACUGAGAGGGAGAGAGAGAUUCAGAGUAUCACUGACGAAUCGCGUAGUUCAAUCCGGAGGAAGAACCAGGGCGCCGCUGAGGGCACCAACCUCAGCCGGCAGUCCUCAACGGCGGAGGACAAUCAGGAAGACGAGGCCCAGCUCAUCCAUGACAGAAACACGGCGUCUCACGCCACGAUAAACGACAAGGCCGACACCGGGCCCGAUCGGGUCCACAUGACUUGGACCAAGGACAAGCUCUUCUCGGAGCGUAAUCGCAACCGAGAGUGCAACGCCAACGUGGCUGUGCGCGACCUGUUCAACAUGAAGCCGAACCAGUCAAAUGUCCGUCGGAUGCACACAGCUGUCAAGCUGAAUGAAGUGGUGGUCAACAAGUCGCAGGGAGCUCACCUGGUGCUGCUCAACAUGCCCGGACCACCGAGGAACAGAGGCGGAGAUGAAAACUACAUGGAGUUCCUGGAGGUUCUCCUCGAGGGUCUGAACCGGGUUCUCCUGGUGCGAGGCGGCGGCCGUGAAGUCAUCACCAUCUACUCUUAAAUAAAAAAACUCUUAACGCCCCACCCUGCAUACAUGGGCUGUUCCCAUGGAUACCGGUCACCGGGCAUUUUCGGGGGGAAGAAGCCUAAUUUGGUUUUUGUGAAGGGCGGGGGUUGUUGGAAGGCGGGACCACUUGUGAUUGACAGAUGGUUUGAAGGACCUCAGGACGAAGGAAACGGCGUUGAAUCAGUCGACUGGCCGAGAGAGCGAGCACAGUGUGCAUCCACGCCGGGCCACUGCACCCCUGCACGUGGAAGAUAGAGCAUAGAGACACUUUAUAUUGUUCAUUUAACUCUGAAAACGUUGUUAUGUUCUGUUACAUUUUCAUAUUCUUUCCCUCUUGUGUUGAUGUUGUCGAGUUACUGGUGCUCACUGUGUAAAGAUAAGCAAAGAAUGUGUGCACCUCGUAGUCUUUCAUGUUGCACUCUGGGUGCAGAGACGUUUGCUGGACCUGAGACAAGGACAAGUUACAGAGUGGCUUUGAAAGCUGACAACACAUACUGGACUUUCAAUAUUAGAUACAGUUUGGUGAUCUGUGCGGUCUGCGUCACCAUUCGUGAUAAUGUUUUUGUUUAAGAUCACUUUAAAGAAGCUGCUUUCAGUCUGAGAGAGCAAGCAGCGUGUUUAGAAGCUUUCUGAUUAGGUUGUAGAGUUGUUACCGUUGCAGAACAAGGGUCACGUGUGUAACUGAAGGUCCUCUCUAAAGCAGCAUGUAGUUGUAGUGUUCGUGGUCGUUCGCCUCAUCAAUGAUUUACUGACGGACUGGCUGAGAGGAUGUGCUCACUACAUGUUGGAUAGGAGCAUUUCAGCUGGAUCAUUGGUCACCAUCUCCCACACUCUAAUAACACUAUCAUUUUAAUAGGGAAAAUAGCCAUAUUCUAUAUUUUAGGACCCUUUGUAAGCUUUAUAGGAUGACAUAUGAAAUGCACAUGUAUACAUAUUUAUGCUGACUGAAGUAGUGCUCCGUUUAGAGUACCUAUAGAUUCUUUUUUUAAAUCCAAGGGCUGUUUGACAGCAUGCAGUAGAUUAAUGAGAAAGUAGAUCAGCUGAAUUUUUAAUCUGCCAUCUGAGCUGUUGGCAUUUAACAAAGUGUACAAAUGUGAAUCUGUGUAAUUCUUCCCGUGUAGACGUAGUGACAGCACUGUUGACUUUGCACUUAAUUCAAUGUGGACUCUCACCCGGUUCUGUCGCCUACAGUGACGCUUUCCUCUGGUCAAUACGUCGUGACAUUCUUCGUACGUUGAAGUGGAGCGAGAUACUGAUAAAUGAGCUUACGAGGUUGCACACAGCAAGUUAUUCCAUGCUAUUUAAUACUCAUGUUUCAAUGUUGUUUUUAUAAUAUUUUACCAAGCUCUUCAGGCUUCGAGUCCCAGACUGAGUAGAAUAAUGUGUAGGAGAAAAAGUGCCAAAAUGACUACAAAAGAAACUGUGGAAGUAUUACUGAUGCGUCGUAGAGCGCGGCCACACUGUCGCCACCGCUUUUUGCAAAUGCAACUAAUAGUGCACUGUCCGGGGCAUUUCAAACCAUCUCACGUGGACUGAAGAGAUUUUCGUCGAGCCCUUUCUCUCGUGUACCUCCACAGUUUCUUUGUCAAAUUAGCUGUGCAGUAUUUUGUAAAGCAGAAAGUCGUGUUCUCCUGUGCUCCUUUGCAGGGAAAUGAGAACUUCUGAUUGUCAGUUAUGCAACAUCUGUGUUUUGUUUUGUUUCGUUCAGUUGUCGAUGUUCGCCUGUGUAACUAUAUAGUCACGGUCUGUGUAGUGUUUGUUACAUUAUAACUGAUCUUCUGUUACUUUAAGUGUUAAUUUUCUGUUUGAUUUGUAUGGAAGGAGGCAGAGAGGCGGUGUGUGUGGUGACGGAGGCAGAUGGGAAGUUUUUGUGUUUUGUUCCAACCCAUCAGAAAAACACAGGACUGAAUCCCCCCCUCGGGACACAGAGGCACCCUGGACUGAAAGUUAUUAGGAAACCAGAAUGAAGCAACCACGGUGCAAAUGAAUGGUUUAAAUGACUCUAUCACAAUAUGAAGUUCAAACAAUUUCUUGUUCAGUUUUAUACUUUAGCCACCAAAGAUUAAAAAAAAUAGUUCUGUAUAAAUAAAUUUGAAAUUGUUUAGUUUUAAGAAACAUUGAAAGUUGUAAAGAUAAAUUAUUAAAGAUGUUUUUUUGUUUUUAAUUUGGUUACUGAGCUGAAUAUCAGUAGCUUUGCGUAAAUAAAACAUGAAACCCUAAACAGAAGAUGCUAAUAAAGAAAAAAAAAAAGAUUUCUGGAGGUAAAAUAGGAUCAUCAUCAGUGUGUGUUUCACAGCUCUAAUGUUUGAGGUGACUGGAGAAUGUUAUCUACCUCAAGGUGUCACUGAGGCUCGGCUGAAGAAAUAAAAACCUGUUCAAUCACAUCUCUCUUUCAGAACCGAUGUUACAUACGGAUUCAUGAAAGGAGAAAUAAAAGCUCUGCGAUGUGAGAGGACUGGCAGAAUAGUAUGUGUGUGGGUGGGAGAGUGUGUGUGUAUGAGUGUGAGGUGAAGCUGUUUGUGUUUCUGCUGUUGUCCGCCUCAGCUGGCAGGUCUCACAGGCUGGAACAGGAAGUCACUUUUGGGCGCACAUGUAGAGGAAGGUAGCCCUGUAAAUUGUAUUUGUGCCUCUGAGUAAUUAUUAAAAGUGCUGAAAUAAA